AUGUGCGUAAAAGACUACCCCAUCUACGCCUGCGGGAAAGAACUAUUUCCCGGGCCCGCUCCAAACCGAGAGUACCCCUGCGGCAAAAACUGCAAGAGUUGGGAAAUCGGUCGGAUACAGCCCAAGACGGCGAAGUGGACGGAUCCGCGGCAUUCCCGGUAUUAUGAUUCAUAUGGGAUUGUUCCUCCUGCGAGUGGUGGUGGUGGACAGGUUGAUCCGGGGUAUGGUGGUGAUCCGUCGGGUUAUGGAGGUUAUGGAGGUUAUGGUGGACAAGUUGAUCCAGGAUACGGAGGCGGUGGCUACGGUGGAGGAGAUCCCUCGGGUUAUGGUGGUUACGGAGGUGGUGAUCCUUCGGGCUCGGGACACGGCGGUGGUAGCGUCCCUCCUAACCCAAUGCCGCGCCCAAAUCCGAAUCCGUUCGCUGGCGACAACCCGCCGCCGCUGCCUUCAUGGCUGAGAUAUGACGAGGAAAAGAAGGGAAGUAAGAAGAGUAAGGGGAAGAGUUAUCGGAAGCAUAGGUAA